UAUGUAUGUAACUUCGGCGCAGACGAGAGAACGAGAUCGAGCCAGAGAGAUCGAGGGACAGACCCGCCAUUGCCGUGUACUGGAGCCGACAAGCGCGGAACCCAUGAAUAGUUUCGUGCGUUCCCGUCCCGGCACAGGUCUAGAGUCUCGUGUUGCUGCGUGUUGCUGAUGCGGUUGCUGAUGCGGUUGCUGAUCUCCUGUGGAUAUUUGUGUCAUCACCAACUGCAGUUGUGCAUCGAUUAUCUACGCCCUAGUCCCUUGCGCCGUCACAGUACCCAACGGUACCUGACAUAGCACACAAGAAACAUGGCCGCCGCUGCACCUUUCACUUCGCUGCACCUUUUACUGCUGCACUGCUGCACUGCUGCACCUCUCUGCAUCUUUCACUGCACCUCCUCACGCCGCCGGCCACCAGCACACGCCUCAACCGGUGCAAGCCAGCAGUUCAACCCCCUACAACCCUCUGGACAACAAUCGCAGUGGCAGGGUUCAACAAACAGCCUCCCCCUCCUCAUCCCACCCAGUACCCCCUCCAGUUCCAGCUCCCCGGUCUGCCAGCACACCCGCCAAAAUUUUCAUGGCUUGUCUUGUUCGCGGUGCAACUGCUCGCAGCUAGAAAACUGUUGCUCUAGCUUGCUCCUUACCUACCUACCUAGGUACCUACCUACCUACCUACCUACCUACUUACCUACCGAGGCAUGUACAGUGACACUACCCGCCGUCAGCACAGGCCACCACCACCACCCCAACCCCAAAAACGGCCCCCAGCUAGUCUUCCCCCGGAGAGGGACAGCCCAUACCACGGCCGGUACCUCGCUGGCAAACGACGCAGGCAAGCUCGCCAAGGUACCAUCGAGGUACAGUGCAGGGCCGCACCAUGCCCCUAACCAGCUCUAACCACCGGGUUCUAACCACAACACCACCCACAGCGCUGCGACCACCUGGUCCUGCUUGCUGCGUGCGUGCUGCGGCGUCCUGCAACCACCAGCCCAGGUGCAGAAGAAGCAAAAAAAGGAAAAAAAAAGAAAAAAAAAAGAAGAGGGUAAAAAAGGAAAAAAAAAA